GGGAGCGCGCGCGCGGCCGCCGCCGCCGCCGCCAUCAUGUCGCAGCAGCGGGUGCUGCCGCAGAGCAAGGAGACGCUGCUGCAGUCCUACAACAAGCGCCUCAAGGAUGAUGUCAAGUCCAUCAUGGACAACUUCACCGAGAUCAUCAAGACCGCCAAGAUUGAGGAUGAAACUCAAGUCUCUCGAGCAACCCAGGGUGAACAGGAUAACUAUGAGAUGCAUGUCAGAGCUGCAAACAUUGUCCGAGCUGGUGAGUCCCUGAUGAAACUUGUGUCGGAUCUGAAGCAGUUCUUGAUCCUCAAUGAUUUUCCCUCUGUGAAUGAAGCUAUCAACCAGCGCAACCAGCAGCUUAAAAGUUUGCAGGAGGAAUGUGACAAGAAAUUGAUUGCACUACGGGAUGAAAUCUCCAUUGACCUGUACGAGCUAGAAGAAGAAUAUUACUCUUCCAGCUACAGUCUGUGUGACAGCAAUGAUCUUCCACUGUGUGAAGCCUACUGGAGACAAGACCUUGCCACGCUGUCCCCUGAAAGCCUCUCCAUGCCUCUGACAACUGCUGCAGCAGAGCAGAGCAUUGCUACCUCUCAGAGUUCAACCCCAUCGCACCCGCAUGUGAAUGGGCAUGGGGCAGGCCCAACGGAGCACUCCUGAAGAGGAUUCUCUGCUGCCUGUACAUGUUCUUCCUGGUGGCACUGAGCUGUUGGAAGUCUUCCACCUGCUGUACUGAGCGCACAUCUCCCACUGUCAGGAUAAUGCACUGGAGUCAUUAUUUGCAGGUUGCUGUUCACGGUCCACAGCGCUUUCUCCAUACCUGGGACAUUGCCAUGAAUGUUCCUCUCCCCUGAGAGAAAGUAAUAAGUAAAUACAAAUUUGAUUGUUCUAACAAAUUUGAGUUAGGUUUGCUUUUACAUUACUUUGUCACGGUUACAUGUAGAAUUCAUUAGAAAUCCAGUAUUUUUUUGAUUUGAA